CCCGUUGGGCUUUCCCCAUGCAUCGUAGCCUUUCAUUGCACGCUUGCUUGUGUUGUAAACCGCCAAACUGACAAUGAAGAAACCAAGUUGCUCUAAUGGUUAUUUCUGGCUUAUCAAUAUGUUUAUGUUGUGUUUCGCAGUGAAAUCCCAGCUGACAACUGAUUUUUACGAAUCAUCUUGUCCAAACCUUUUGAAAAUAGUUAGGAAAGAGGUCAGAAAUGCUCUCAUGAAUGAGAUGCGAAUGGGUGCUUCUUUGCUUCGUCUUCACUUCCAUGAUUGCUUUGUGAAUGGUUGUGAUGGAUCAGUACUACUGGAUGGAGGUGCUGAUAGUGAAAAGUUUGCUCUUCCAAAUGUGAACUCUCUAAGAGGAUUUGAUGUUAUAGACACAAUCAAAACAUCAGUGGAGAAUGCAUGCAACGGCACUGUCUCCUGUGCUGAUAUAUUAGCCAUUGCUGCCAGAGAUUCUGUAGUCCUUAUUGGUGGUCCCUUUUGGAGAGUUUUGCUAGGACGAAGAGAUGGAUCAAUCUCAAACGGGUCAUUGGCAAAUUCAGCUCUUCCUUCUCCCUUUGAUUCACUUGAUGUUAUUGUUUCCAAGUUCAAUGAUGUCGGCCUCAAUCUCUCUGACGCUGUUUCUUUAUCAGGUUCUCAUACCAUUGGGAGAGCAAGGUGUGCAUUGUUUAGCAACAGAUUGUUCAACUUCUCAGGAACAGGAGCACCAGACAGUACACUAGACACAGACAUGCUCUCAGAUCUUCAAAAGUUGUGUCCCCAAAAUGGAGAUGGAAACACAACCAGUGUUCUUGACAGGAAUUCACAGGAUUUAUUUGACAAUCAUUACUUCCAGAAUUUGCUGGUUGGGAAGGGCCUCCUAAGUUCUGAUCAGAUCCUAUUCUCAAGUGAUGAAGCCAAUUCAACAACCAAACCUCUGGUUCAAAUUUACAGCAAAAACACUACCCUUUUCUUUCAAGACUUUGUGAAUUCCAUGAUCAGAAUGGGUAAUAUCAAUCCAAAAACUGGCUCUAAUGGAGAGAUUAGGAAGAAUUGCAGGGUCACUAACCCAUAGUAACUUAUCAAUGAAGGGUCUUGUGAGAUGGUGAAUGAAUGUACAGGUGUGCAUGAAUAAAAAUGCAGUUGACUUUAUCCCGCAAA